GUACGUAACAAAAGUUUCACAGCCGCAAUGUCUGAGGCAUUGGAUAUAUUGGAGCAACAGCAGGAGCAGAGGAAAAAAGACAAGGAAGUGGCCAUAGAAACCACCAAGGAAAUGAAGAAAUUGAAACGGAAUUUAAAGCGUCGCAAAUGGGUUGAUUGGAAAACAGAAGACGAUGAGAAAACUGAUGAAAAACGUGCCGCCUUCAAUCCAGCCGAUCGGGUGAAGCGAAAAAAGACAGCCAUAUUAUUGUCAUAUUCGGGGGCAAAUUACUUUGGUAUGCAACGUAAUCCCGGCAUGGCAACCAUUGAGGAGGAGCUAUUCAAGGCAAUGCAUAAAAAUAAAUGGAUAACCGAUGAGAGUUUUGAACAGGCACAAACGUGUCUGUUUCAACGGGCUGCCAGAACAGACAAGGGUGUUUCGGCGGCGAGGCAAGUGUGUUCCAUGAAGUUGCCUGAGGAUUUGGAUAUUGAUGCCCUGAACAAAGAUCUUCCCGAACAGAUACGUUUAUUUGGCAUAGAACGUGUCACAAAAGGUUUCAAUGCCAAAGAUCAGUGUAAUGCUCGAACAUAUACCUAUACAAUGCCUAGUAUAGCAUUUGCCGAUUUCAAUGAAAAGACAGAAUUUGAAAAAUUCCGUUUAACGCCGGAAAGAGUUAAGAAGGCACAAGAAGUCUUGCAGCUGUUUGAGGGUACAAAGAAUUUCCAUAAUUUUACAAGUCGCAAGAACUUUUUGGAUCCCUCUGCCAAACGUUUCAUUAUGUCAUUUACAUGUACCGAACCAUUCUUAAGUCCUCAAGGCGUUGAAUUCAUAACGGUGAAAGUGAAGGGACAAAGUUUUAUGCUACAUCAAAUUCGAAAAAUGGUUGGUCUCACAAUAGCCAUUGUUCGUGGUCACACCGAUGUUGCAACACUGGAUCGAGCUUUAACCGAGGAACGCUUAGAUUUGCCCAUGGCACCCGGUCUUGGUUUGGUUUUGGACACGGUACAUUAUGAACGUUAUAAUGAACGCUAUGGUCAGGACGGUAUACACAAUCCAUUGACAUGGGAGAAACAAGAACCGGAAGUUCGCAAUUUUAUAGAAACUAAAAUAUUCGAUACAAUUUAUCGAACGGAAUGUGAGCAGAAACCAUUGUUGGAAUGGUUGGAAACACUGCCGUUACAUUCCUAUGAUGCGCGUCGGGAUGAUGCCACCACAACGAAUAAUGAUAAAACUAAUAAAAAUGAUGAUGACAAUGAAGAAUAA